GGAAUGUUUGGCUCGUUGGUAGGUCAGCUCGUGAUUUGACUGCGGGCCAGGACCGAUCCACCUCCGCCCCACCUCCGUUCCUCUUUAGUGAAGUUUUCAGUGUGCGCGCCUCUUUUUCUACGCUGUGCCUCAAUCUGGGGUCGGAGUGGGGGAGCCAACAUCUGGCCACGGGAGACCCACGAUCCGGCCGCGGCCGACGCUGCCGCCGCCCUCUCAGGCAACCACGGGCGUAUUUUUUUUGUCUGCUCCCCGUCGGCCGCUAAGCCCGCUCCUGACCGUAACACCACCCCCGCCCCAUGGCCGAUGCCGGGCGGGGCUGCCGGCUGAGCGACGGGCGCCUCGUGCAGCCGUCACUGCUGAGCGGGCUCCUCGCCGAGCACCGCGCGGCCCUCUCCGCGGGCGGCGCGCGUGUCUUCGCGCCCUGCGGCGCUUCGGUCUUCUGCUUCAGCGCGAAGACCGCCCGGCAGAUCUGCUGCCUGCAGCCCGCGCACGGCUCGCGCGUCACGGCCGUGUGCGCAGGGCCUCGCUGCUCGGCGAAGGGGUGCUCGGAGCCCCUGGUCAGCGGCUCGGCCAGUGGCGAGGUGCGCGUCUGGGACGCGAAGGCGGCGGCGCUGCUGGGAAGCCUGGACCUGCAGAGGCCGGUGUACGCCCUGAGGUGGCCGCGCGAGGACACCGUGCUCGUGGCAGUAGGCGAGGAGGACCAUGCCGUGCGGGUUUGCAGAAUCCAGGUGUCCGAGCUCGGGGCGCCAGCGCUCGGCAGCGAGGUGCCGCUCGAGGCCGAGCGCGGCGGGGCCUUUGACGCCGCCGCCGGCGCAGGACGGCGCGAGCUUUGCGCGCUCCCGCGGUAGGCGCCGACCGUGCCAGCUGCGGGAGGGCGGCAAGGAGGCGGUGAGG